AUGCUAGAUAAGGGAUAUUCACAAAAAUUGACAAAUAAUGUAUUGAAUGAGUUGAAUUCACGAGCUUCUCAUAUACAAAGUCAAAAUUUCAAUAGUAAUGAUGCUAAUAUAAUCAAAAGAAGAAAUAAACGGUAUUCUGGUGUUCAUAUGUCUCGAUUUAAAAAUAUGGAUAGCAUAUCCCAACAUUACUCCGUACUAAAUAACAAUAUUCAAAAUAGCAGAAAUUCAAGUACUCCAUCACCGCAGAAACAAGAGUUUAUGGGAAAUGGAACUAGUGAUAUUCAUGAAGAAUCAGCUUCAAAACGAAGAAGAACCAUAAAUAAGAAUGAGGAAAUUUCCUUAGCCAAAAUUAUGCAAGAUAGUAAAAAUCCUAACGUGAGUGGAAAUGAUAAAUCAAAUUUUAACUCUUUCAGUCCAAUUAGAAAAAUUUCACCAUCCAAGGGUUCAAUCAAUUUAAAUUCAAUGUUGAGACAAACUACUAGUACAGGAUCACCCAAUAAAGAAAAACAGCGUAGUGAUAAAUUUAUAAAACCAUACCCACCAAGUAAUAAAUUUAGAAAAAGCUCAUUGGAACUUGCUGGUGUUCAAAGUCAUCAAUUACAAAAGAAAUCAAGUAUACCUCAAUUACAAAGAAAAUCUAGUAUUCCACAACUACAAAAGAAACCAAGUAUACCUCAACUACAAAAGAAACCAAGUAUACCCCAGCUACAAAAGAAACUGAGCAUAUCGCAAUUAAAUCAACAACAACAACCUCAAUUACGUAAGAAAUCAAGUAUACCCACAUUUAAUAAAAUUGCUCCUAAUUCAUCCAAAUUGAGUACCUCAAAAUCAUUAAUUUCAAAAUCGCCAACUACAUCCUCAAUGAACACUAUAAAUGUAAAUUCCAAAAUUUUACAAAAUACAACUAAUAUUCCAAAUCAAAUUCCAAAAUCUAAGUCUGUAACUAUUCCACAACCAUUUUCAUUAUAUAACAAACCUACAAUAUCGUCAUCACAAAAAUCGUUAAAUAAAUUUCAUAAAUUCAAAGAGAAAUUUAGUUAA